GGCAGGUUCCCCUAUCACCUAUCAGUAUUAGCCGGCUGAGAUGGGCAAGAAGAACAGGAAACAGCAAGCGGAGGCGGUGGCAGCUGCCAUCGAUGAUCCUCCGGCUGUCGUUGAGCCGGUGGAGCAUUGUCCCCAGGAGGAGGACACCAGUACCGAGGUUUUCCUCUGGCUGCUGGCCUACAGUGUGCUCAUGUUCACGCUGCCCUUCUUGGGCUUCUACGGCGUGCGCAGUUGGCUGCAGGAGUCCUUCCCUCAUCUGGACAUCUUCACGGUCAACUGUUGGUCUGUUCUUACGGCUGUUCUGGUCGUAAACCUUGUGGUGGCCAUGUAUGUGCUGAAGGCUUUCCGCGAGAAGCCGCCACCACCUUUGGAACAGGUCCAACAGGAUGAGGAUGAGGAUGAAGAGCCUGAAGCCAUAGAGCCCAAGAAGGAGCAGUAACUUAAUAGACUACGAGCAUCACUUGUGAACCACUUAAAGAUGAAGUUGUCUACAGAAAGACUAGUAUUAAACUUGAUGAUCUUGAAAACAGCCCAAUUCCAAUUCAUUAAAAUCUUCUUUUACCAUUGACACAGCAAAAGAAGCCUUCUGUUAGCCCUUGAAGGAUCAGUAACUCUUACUACCCAAAAUAAAUUUAACUUUGACACACUUUUAAA